AGUAGAUAGUGGGGCCACGCUCAGCUACACAAGUAGAAAGGCGCUGCAGAGUUGAAGCGGGGGCUGGAAGUCCAAAAGUUAGUAGACCCCGUGAGUAUCCUCGCAGACAACCGCACAAUGCGAGUAGAGGAUUAUGUAGAGGGAGUCCAGACAUACUUUCGCCUAGAGAAAGAUGGGAAAGUGGAGAAAGUUUUCCAUUCCCUGACUCUCCUCGUAGAGGACAGCCUUCCUUUUGAUAUAGUCCUAGGGAUGGACUGGGGAGAGGCAGUUGGGGCCACACUCCAUUUGAGAGAGCACGAGUGUAGGAUCCCUAGUCCGUCAGGCGGAGUCAAGACUGCCCGUCUGUUUCAUGUGUCAGGAGUAUGCAACUCCCUGGCACAUUGCUGCCUUAGCGCUCUUGCGUUCGCAAGACUAGUGAAGAAGGAGCAGCUAGAGGAACAGGUCUUUAUAGCCUAUGUUAGGCCAUUGACUGAGCCUAAGGAAGAGAAACCUAUAGACCCUGCUAUUGCCAAGCUACUGGAGGAGUUGACAGACUUAGCCAAGCCGCCAAUAGGAGUAGUACCACGGCCAAUCCAACAUCGCAUCGAGAUAGAGCCUGGCAGUAGAACUCCUAAAGGAGCAGUGUAUAGGAUGUCCCCGCGGGAGUUGGAGGAGCUACGCAAGCAAUUAGACGAGCUCCUAGAGAAGGGUUGGAUUAGGCCCAGUUCGUCUCCAUUUGGAGCACCUGUGCUGUUUGUCCCCAAGAAGGAAGGAGAGUUCAGAAUGUUUGUAGUAGUUUACUUAGAUGAUAUUCUAGUGUUCAGUAAGACCCUCCAGGAGCAUGAGGGUCAUCUGAGGCAGGUCUUGGAGAAGCUCAGAGAGGCUAACGUCAAGAUCAAUGCAAAGAAGUGCGAAUGGGCCAAGACCCAAGUUUUGUAUCUAGGCCAUGUCUUAGACAGAGAUGGCAUUAAGCAAAAAGACAGCAAGAUCGCAACGAUUAGAGAUUGGCCUACACCCCGCACAUUGACAGAAUUGCGGUCGUUCUUAGGCCUAGCAAAUUAUUAUAGGAAGUUUGUGCGCAACUUCUCCACCAUCGCUGCGCCCCUUCGCAGGUUGCUAAGGAAAGAAGCGAUCUGGAAGUGGGACAAGGACUGCACGUCUGCCAUGAAAAAGUUAAAGCAGGCAGUCCUUAAAGUAGCCGAUCCGUCCUUACCUUUCGUCGUCACUACUGACGCGAGCCAGUACGGUAUAGGUGCUGUGUUACAGCAAGACGAUGGUAAUGGGUAUAGGCCCGUAGAGUUCAUGUCUGCCAGAAUGCCUUCAGAGAAGGUUGCGACAUCUACCUAUGAGAGAGAACUCUACACUCUCAGGCAAGCAUUAGAGCACUGGAAGCACUACUUGCUUGGGAGGCACUUUAAAGUCUAUUCAAACCACGAGACAUUAAGGUGGUUGAAGACUCAGGCCAAGAUGACACCUAAGCUGACUGGGUGGGCCGCAAAACUAGACCAAUAUGAUUUUGAGCUCAAGCCCGUCAAAGGGAAAUAUAACGUAGUUGCGGAUGCUCUAUGUAGGAGAGCCGCCUACUUUGGAGCUAUAGUCCAUUAUCUAGAUAUAGGGAGAGACCUGCAGCAGAAAGUGAAAGAGGCAUAUGUGCAGGACCCUAUCUAUAGCGACCUCCUCAGGAAAGUCAAGGAGGCCCCAGAGACCGAGCCAGAUUACCGCACUACUGAUGGACUGCUAUUCGAGAAGACUAACGUAGAGAUUGCCAGAGAGAGGGAGAGGCUAAAGAGAGAAGAAGAAGAGAAGCUCAAGGCGGUAGAAGAGGAGGAAGAGGAGGACGAACAGCCACUGGAAAGGCGAAGGGCAGGAGGAAGAGGAGAAUCCAGUGGUGCUAAAGAGGAUCUAAUGGAGAAGAAGAUUACAGAGUGGGUUGCUGGAUUAUCCCUGGGAGAAGAUGAGGAGGCCUUAAUGUAUGUGCCCAGGGAAGAACAGGAGGCGGUCGUGAAAGAGUGGGAUGCUGAAGAAGAUCCACGCAAGCGGCAGGUUUUGGAAGAUGAGAAAAGGAUGGAGUGGAAGUUUCGUCUGACAAGGGAAAGGAAAAGAAGGAUGGAAGCGGCAAGCCAGGCGGCGAAAGAAUUGGAGGAGAUAAAGAAGCAGAGGGACCAAAUGGCGACGCAGGUGGAUUUAUUGGGAAAGAUGGAAAUUAUGGAAACUCCCACACCACAUAUGCCUGUGGCAAAGGUUGCAGGCCGGUGCCUAAAUAGCUGUCCAAAGACUGCUUGUGUCAGAGUCUGUUUAGGUACUUCCCUCACAGGCGUGGCCGAUGAGCUGAAGGAGAGAAUGCCCGCCUGGGCCAAGAUGAAGAAGGAGAGUAGAGGACAGUUAGUGUUGGUAGAUGUAGAGAUUUUUAGAGGCAGAGUAGGGGCCCUCGUAGACAGUGGGGCCACUCGCAGCUAUAUUAGUAGGAAGGCGCUGCAAAAGUUGAAGUUGGGAUUAGAAGUCCAAAAGCUAGCAGAACCCGUAGUAAGUAUCCUCGCAGAUAAUCACACGAUGCGAAUAGAGGAUUACAUAGAGGGAGUCCAGGCGUACUUCCGCCUAGAGAAAGAUGGGAAGGUGGAGAAAGUUCUUCAUUCCCUGACUCUCCUCGUAGAAGACAACCUUCCCUUCGAUAUAGUCCUAGGAAUGGACUGGGGAGAGGCAGCAGGGACCACACUCCAUUUGAGAGAGCAUGAGUGUAGGCUCCCUAGCCCGUCAGGCGGAGUCAAGACUGCCCGUCUGUUCCACGUGUCAGGAGUAGAUAACUCCCUGGCACAUUGCUGCCUUAGCACUCCUGCGUUUGCAAGAUUAGUGAAGAAGGAGCAGCUAGAGGAACAGGUUUUCGUAGCCUAUGUUAGGCCAGUGACUCAGCCUAAGGAGGAGAAGCCUAUGGACCCUGCUAUUGCCAAGCUGCUGGAAGAGUUCACAGACUUAGCAAAGCCGCGGACAGGAGUAGUACCGCGGCCAAUCCAGCAUCGUAUCGAGAUAGAGCCUGGGAGUAGGACUCUCAAAGGAGCAGUGUAUAGGAUGUCCCCGCGGGAGUUGGAGGAGUUGCGCAAGCAAUUAGACGAGCUCCUAGAGAAGGGUUGGAUUAGGCCCAGUUCGUUUCCCUUUGGAGCACCAUUUCUAUUUGUCCCCAAGAAGAAGGGAGAUCUUAGGAUGUGCAUAGACUAUAGGGGCAUGAACGCAAUCACCGUGAAGAAUGCUGAGCCACUACCCAGGAUAGACGAUCUCUUAGAUCGAGUGCAGGGGUGCAGAUAUUUCUCAAAGAUAGAUUUGAAGUCCGGAUAUCAUCAGAUAGAGGUCCACCCUGAUGAUGAGUACAAGACAACUUUCCGGACUAGAUAUGGGCAUUAUGAGUUUAUAGUGAUGCCCUUUGGACUAACCAACGCGCCAGUGACUUUUCAGCGUUGUAUGAACGACUUGUUCAGGCCGUGGUUAGAUGGGUUUGUAGUAGUUUACCUAGAUGAUAUUCUAGUAUUUAGUAAGCCCCUCCAAGAGCAUCAGGGUCAUCCGAGGCAGGUCUUGGAGAAACUAAGAGAAGCUAACUUCAAGAUCAAUGCGAAGAAGUGUAAGUGGGUGAAGACCCAAGUAUUGUAUCUAGGCCAUGUCUUAGACGGAGACGGUAUCAAACCCGAAGACAGCAAGAUUGCAGCGAUUAGAGAUUGGCCUACACCCCGCACGUUGACAGAAUUGUGGUCGUUCCUAGGCCUAGCCAACUACUAUAGGAAGUUCGUGAGGAACUUCUCCACCAUCGCUGCACCCCUUCGCAGGUUGUUGAAGAAAGAAGCGAUCUGGAAGUGGGACAAGGACUUCACGUCUUCCAUGAAGAAGUUAAAGCAGGCAUUGAUAGAGUAUCUGGUCCUGAAGGCAGCCGAUCCGUCCUUACCUUUCGUCGUCACUACUGAUGCGAGCCAGUAUGGUAUAGGUGUUGUGUUACAGCAAGACGAUGGCCAUGGAUAUAGGCCCGUAGAGUUCAUAUCUGCUAGGAUGCCUUCAUAAAAGGUAGCGACAUCUACCUAUGAGUGGGAACUCUACGCUCUCAGGCAAGCUUUAGAACACUG